CUCUAAUCGGCUGUUGUAGUCUAACAACCCUUGCUACGCGCAGCGCCGGCCAAAAUACGGCCGCCAAAUCCUUGUACGCAAGCCUAUACACUCUGGCACGCGGCUGAACGCGAAAAAUCGCACCGAACGGCGUCCCUCGCGCCGAUUGACGGCGUUAAGCGCUCGAGGCCGUCGCAGCGCAUUUUGACGCCCCGCUCGCGCCCCGCAGGCAGCGCGCGAGCUAGUGAAGGGAUAGCAAGCAGCGCGCAACGAAAAAAAACAGCAAGCAACGCGCAACGAAAAAAAAAAAGAUGCCGACGCGCCGCGGCUCGAUCCAGCUCGGCGGCGCGCCGGCGCCGGUCGAGGACAGCGCCAUGCGCGCGGUGGACGUCGGCGCGGCGGUGGAGGGCCGCGACUCCUUCGGCGAGGAGGACGACGACGAGGUGCCGGUCAAGGUGCUGGCCUCGGACUUUGACUCGGCCGCGAUGGCGCCGCCGCCGCCGCGGGCGCCGGCGCCGGCGCGCGAGGAGUCGCUCCAGGUCUUCUGCCGCCUGCGGCCGCUGGCGCGGGGCGAGCAGGGCGGCGUCGUCGACGUCAUGGACCCGCACACGAUCCGGUCGGCGCCGCCGGCCGCGACGCAGCGGCACGCGUCGCACCACGUGCGGCGCGAGGCGCGGGACUACACGUUCGCGCGCGUGUUUGACGCGGCGGCGACACAAAAUGAAGUCUACGAGCGCACGACGGCGCCGCUCGUCGACGGACUGUUUGGAGGACGGUCCGCUUUGUUAUUCACCUACGGCGUGACGAACGCGGGCAAGAGCUACACGAUGAUGGGCAGCCCCGAGGACAAUGAUACGGCGGGCCUCCUGCCGCGGUCGCUCGGCGCGAUCUUGGCGAGGGCCGAGGACCAGCGGUGCGAGGUGCGCCUGAGCUUCCUCGAGAUCUACAACGAGCACGUUUAUGAUCUGAUGGCCCCGACGGGCCGCUGGGCCAAGCGCCGCGCGUUGAGGGUUAAGGACGUCACGACCAGGAUCGAGGUCGCGAAUCUCACUUCCACGAGGGUGACGUCGGCGGCGCACGGCUUGGAGCUCUGCCGCGCGGCGCAAUCACAACGAAAGACGUCGAAGACGGGCCUCAACCAGACGUCGUCGCGGUCCCACGCGAUCUGUAGCUUGGAGGUCCGGAACGCGGCCGGCGCGUCCACGCAGCUCAUGCUCGUCGAUUUAGCUGGAAGUGAAAGAGGAGACCGCACGGGCGCCGCCGUGGGCGGCGCGCGCCAGAAGGAGGCGAACCACAUCAACCAGUCCAUCUCGCGGUUGAUGAACUGUUUGAGAGUGGUCCGAGAAAAGCAGCACCACCCCUCUUCAUCUCUGUGCGUGCCCUGGCGCGAGUCGAAGCUGACGCACCUCUUCCAGUACCUGCUCCAGCCGCCGAACGACGGCCAAAUUGCAAGGGUCAGCAUGGUCGUCUGCGCGUCGCCCGCCGCUGCGGAUCAUUCGGAAACGACGUAUGUGGUCGGCAACGCGGCCCAGGCCAAGGCCGUGGCCAUCGUGGCGCCGCCGCAAAACCAGCAGCGGGCGGCGCCGACGCGGAACCAGAACUACGAUCGGAACGGGCGUCGGGUGGUCGAGGGCCAACAGACGCAACCGAUCCCGAAGAAGCGCAAGGUGCCCGGCGGCGCGCGGCCGUCGCAGGAGAGCCUCGCGGACACGGCGUCGACUACUUCUGAUUUGGAGUCUGAGGUUACUGCUCUGAAGGCCGCUCUCACGGCCGCCCACGAGCGCAUCUCGGAGGUGGAGCGCGAGGUGCGCGCCGAGUGCGCCGAGGAGAUGGCUGCCACAAUCCAGCGCAUCCAGCAGGAUUAUGCGAGACGCGCGCGGCAUUCGAGCGUCGCGGGCCCGCCUCCAGCACCGAUGGAUGUGGAGACCCAACCCGCACAACAAAGGGACCUCUGCAAGAGCGCGCGCAAGGCCCAGGACCGGGACCGGCUCGAGGCCUACGUCCUGGAUUUGGAGGCGCAAUUCCAAGAGGCGGAAGAGGAAUUGGAGCGGGUCCGCGCGGCCAAGGACGCCGAAAUUACUUCAUUGCAAGCGCAGCACGGCGACGGCGUGCCGCGGGCGGAGUACGACGCCGUCUGUCAUAGAUUGGAGCAGCUUGAAAGAGAUGCCGCCGCGAGGCAGGCGGCGCGCGCGGAGGCCGAAGCGCAAAAACUGCGGGAGGCCGUGCGUGCCGCCGAGGCGGCGCAGGAGGCGCGCAUUCAAGAAGCGGAGCGGCGCGCGGCGGCCGACGCCGACCGCGCGCGGCAAGCCCUCGAGGAGGCGUCGUCGGCGCGCGCCGCCGCGGACUCGUGCAAGGCGAAGUCGGACCGCGACGCCGCUUUAUUAGAAGAAGCGACGCGGCGCGCCGAGGCCGCCGAGGCCGCCGUGAAGCACGCCGAGGCCAUGGUCCAGCGCCAGCGCGAGUCGCUGCCGCCGCCGCCGCCGCCCAUUUAUGCUGAUGCCGGGCCCGUCGUGCCGCCGGCGGCCGGCCCCUUCUCGCCCGCGAAGUCGCCGAAGAAGUCGCCGAAGCGCAAGAGCCCCGCGAAGAGCCCGGCCAAGGAGAACGCGUCGCCCCUCCGGAGCGUCAUGGCGGCGCUGACCGGCUCGCCGAAGCGGACCAAGGCGCCGGCCGACGCGGCCCUCUCGCUCGACGCGCGCGCGCGCAAGAUCAAGGACGAGCGCAUCGCGCGCGCGAAGGCGCAGCGCGGCGGCGUCGCGACGGAGGUGCCCGUCGCCAAGCGCACGCGCGGCUACAAGAUCCUCUGAAGCAGGAACCCCUCUCCCCUUUCCCUCCCCCGGUUUAAGCAGCCUGUUUAUCGACAAA